UCUGGAACAGCAGCAGAGCUCACGGAAUCAAGGGCUCAGACUCCCUUUAUUUCCUUUUCCUCUCCACACCAUGAGGGGAAGUGAUUUGCCCAGUCCAGUCUUAAUUCUGCUUCUCCUGCUCCUUCCCAGAGAUGCCUCAGCUACUGCAAAACCGCAGUACCUGGUGGUGGUCCCAUCAAAGCUAUACAGUGGUGUUCCUGAGAGGGCCUGCAUCAUGCUUAAUCACCUGAAUGAGACCGUGACGCUGAACAUGAUUCUGGAGUAUGGAAUACACAACCAGACCCUCCUGUCAGACCUGGUGACAGAGAAGGACUCCUUCUACUGCAGCCCCUUCACUAUUCCACAGUUGCCAUCGUCCUCAGCAUUCAUUACUGUGCAGGUGAAAGGACUGACCCAGGAGUUCAAAAAGAGGAAGGCAAUGGACAUAAUGAAAGUAGAGAGUCUAGUCUUUGUCCAGACAGACAAACCUGUCUACAAACCAGGACAAACAGUGAGAUUCCGCAUUGUCUCUGUGGAUGUCAAUUUUCUCCCUUUGAAUGAAACGUUCCCAGUGGUUUAUAUUGAGAAUCCUAAGAGGAAUCGAAUUUUCCAAUGGCAAAGCCUCGGAUUGCAAGGGGGACUCAACCAGCUCUCUUUCCCACUCUCAGUGGAGCCCGCACUGGGUCGCUAUAAGGUCAUUGUGCAGAAGGAGUCAGGGAGAAAAAUUGAGCAUUCCUUUGAAGUGAACGAAUAUGUUUUGCCCAAAUUUGAGGUCCAAUUGAAAAUGCCCAAGACUAUUGGUUUUCUAGAUGAAACAUUUGAGGUAACCGCAUGUGGCCUAUACACAUAUGGAAAGCCUGUCCCUGGUCUGGUGACAAUUAAUGUAUGCAGAAAAUAUCCACGAUCCCAUUCCUCCUGUACAGGAAGACAUUCACAGAGUAUCUGUGAAGAAUUCAGUCAACAGGCGGACAGUAAAGGCUGUUUUACACAACUUGUAAAGACUAAAUUAUUUCAGCUGAAACUGAAAGGGUAUGGCAUGGAGUUAAAAGUGGAAGCCAAGAUCAGAGAGGAAGGAACAGGGUUGAAAUUAACUGGUCAUGGAUCAUGUAAAAUCACAAAUACCUUAAGCAAACUGGUAUUUAAAAAAGUGGAUUCAUAUUAUAGACGUGGGCUCCCUUUCUUUGGGCAGGUUCUUCUAGUUGAUGAGAAGGAUCAGCCACUCACCAAUAAAACUCUAACUGUCACUUUGGAUGCGACUACAUACCAUUCCCACUUCACUACAAAUGAGCAUGGUUUGGCCACCAUUUCCAUUGAUACCACCAACCUCACGUCUUCUUCCAUUACGGUUACAGUCAUUUACAAAAAGAAUUCUGGCUGUUUUGAUAACCGUUGGCUUGAAGAAACUCAUUCACAAGCAGAGCAAACUGUAAGGCAUGUUUUUUCUCCGAGCAAGAGUUAUGUUCACCUUGAACUUGUUGCUGGUACCAUAGCCUGUGGGAAAACCCAAGAGAUCCGGGUGCAUUACAUUCUGAAUGGACAGACUGUCAAAGAUGAAAAGGAGUUAACCUUCUAUUAUUUGAUUAAAGCAAGAGGAAGCAUUUCCCAGUCCGGAACCCAUGUGUUGUCUAUUGAACAGGGGGACAUGAAUGGGGUAUUUUCCUUCUCCUUUCAAGUGGAGUCAGACAUUGCUCCUACUGCCCAGUUGCUUGUUUAUACUAUUUUACUCAAUGGAGAAAUUGUUGCAGAUACACAGGAACUUGAGAUUGAAAACUGUUUUGCCAAUAAGGUAAAUUUGGGCUUCUCCUCAGCCCAGAGCCUGCCAGCUUCAGACACCAAUCUGAAGGUCACAGCCACUCCUCAGUCCCUCUGUGCUCUUCGUGCAAUAGACCAGAGUAUGCUGCUCAUGAAGCCUGAAGCUGAGCUCUCACAUCAAUCAGUCUAUAAGUUAUUACCAGUAAAGAACCACUUUAAUGCUCAUUAUGGACAUAACAUGAAUGAAGACGCUGAAGGAUGCAUAAAUGCAGAAGACAUAACUCACGAUGGAAUCCUUUACACUCCAAAGCGGGUCUUGGAUGACAAUGAUGUUUACAGUAUCUUUCAGUCUGCAGGACUAAAUAUUUUUACCAACUCAAAAAUCCACAAGCCAUAUUUGUGUCAUCAGUCUCAAGGACUUUUAGACUCGUUGGGGACCACAGUAUAUUAUGACGGUGAGAUUUACUUGUCUGCUAGAAUAAUAGAACAUUUUAUUAUAUUAUAUUGCUCUUAUAAUGAUAGAAUAAGCUUUACAUUGGGCCCUGGAUGUUGUCUUUUCAUAGCUGUUUCACCAGACGUAGCUGUAGAAUAUGAUGAUUCAGUUUAUCCUAUGGCGAUGAGAGAAGCCCUUCAAGCGGAGGGAGUGCAAAAGACAGUCCGGAAGUAUUUCCCAGAGACCUGGAUCUGGGAUUUGGUGCCACUUGAUUCAUCAGGUAACAGUGAGCUGGAAGUAAAGGUUCCUGACACCAUCACAAAGUGGAAGGCCAGUGCACUAUGCUUGUCUGGAAAAACAGGGCUUGGCCUCUCCCCCAUCAUCUCUCUUCAAGUCUUCCAGCCCUUCUUCCUAGAACUCACUCUUCCCUACUCUGUGGUGCGAGGAGAAGCCUUUACACUUAAAGCCACUGUGUUCAACUACUUGACCUACUGCAUCCGGGUCAGCAUAGAGCUGGAGGACUCUCCUGCCUUCUUGGCUGUCCCAAUGAAGAAGAAUGAAGAAUCUCACUGUGUCUGUGGAGAUGGGCAGAAAACUGUGUCCUGGGCUGUGACCCUCAAGUCACUGGGAAAGGUGAAUUUCACAGCAACUGCGGAAGCCCUGCAGUCUGCAGAAUUGUGCGGCAGUGAGUUCCCUCAAGACCCAGCACUUGGACACAAGGACACUGUAGUCAAGCCCUUAUUAGUUGAGCCUGAGGGAAUAGAAAAGGAGGAAACUUUCAACUCACUCCUCUGUGCAACAGAAACUGGAGUACCUGAAAAGUUGUCACUAAAAGUUCCUUCAAAUGUGGUUGAAGGAUCUGCCAGGGCCACAUAUUCAGUUUUGGGUGAUAUACUAGGCUCUGCAAUGCAAAAUCUUCAGAAUCUUCUCCAGAUGCCUUAUGGUUGUGGGGAGCAGAAUAUGGUCCUUUUUGUCCCUAACAUCUAUGCUUUGAACUAUCUGAAUGAGACACAACAGCUGACAGAGAAGAUCAAGUCCAAAGCCAUUAGCCACCUCAUUAGUGGAUAUCAAAGACAGUUGAAUUAUAAACACAACGAUGGUUCAUACAGCACCUUUGGGGAUCAAGGAGGUACAAGUCAGGGAAAUACUUGGCUCACUGCAUUUGUGCUUAAGUCCUUUUCUCAAGCUCGGUCAUAUAUCUUUGUGGAGGAGUCACACAUCAUGGAUUCCUUCACCUGGCUCUCAGGGAAGCAAAAGGAAAAUGGCUGUUUCCAACACUCUGGAUCACUGCUAAACAAUGCUAUUAAGGGUGGAGUAGAUGACGAGAUGACACUCUCUGCCUACAUCACCAUUGCUCUGCUGGAGAUGCCACUGCCUGUCACACACCCAGUUGUCCGCAAUGCUCUAUUCUGCCUGGAAAGUACAUGGGCAUCCACUUCAGAAGCCCAAGGAAGUCUUGUCUAUACCAAGGCAUUAUUGGCCUAUGCCUUUGCCCUAGCAAGAAACCAGGCCAAAAGAAGUGAGCUGCUUCAAUCACUGGACAAAGAGGCUAUAAAAGAAGAGGACUCAAUCCACUUGCAACGUCCUGGGAAACUUCAAGAAGCUAAGACAUUCUAUUAUCAACCUCGGGCUCCUUCUGCUGAAGUGGAGAUGACAUCUUACUUGCUCCUUGCCUAUCUUACCUCCCAGCCUGCCCCAUCUUCAGAAGACCUGUCUGUAGCCUCACGUAUUGUGAAAUGGAUAACCAAGCAACAAAACCCCAAUGGAGGUUUCUCUUCCACUCAGGAUACAGUGGUAGCUCUUCAAGCCCUCUCCAAAUAUGGAGCAACAACUUUCACUAAAAGGGAGAAAGCAGCUACAGUUACCGUCAAGUCUUCAGAGACCUUCUCAGAAGAACUUCAAGUAGAUGAAACCAAUCGCCUAUUGCUGCAGGAGGUGGCAUUGCCAGAGAUCCCAGGGGAGUACAGCACAACAGUGUCAGGGUCAGGAUGUGUGUACCUCCAGACAUCCCUGAGAUACAAUGUCCUGCCCAAGAAAGAAGAGAAAGUUCCCUUCACCCUGAAUGUUGAUACUCUCCCCAAGGAUUGUGAUGGAGUAGAUGCUCACAGGAAAUUCCAGAUUCACAUCAACAUUAGUUAUACUGGGGAACGACCCAGCUCCAACAUGGUCAUUGUUGAUGUCAAGAUGGUAUCCGGUUUCAUACCUGUGAAACCAUCAGUGAAAAAGCUCCAAGAAAAGUCUCAGAUUCAAAGGACUGAAGUGAGCACCAACCAUGUCCUGAUUUACUUUGAAGAGCUAACCAAACAAGUCCUGAGUUUCUCCUUCUCAGUGGAACAAGACAUUCAAGUAGAGAAUUUAAAACCAGCCAUAGUAAAAGCCUACGAUUAUUAUGAGACAGAUGAAUUCACCAUUGAAGAGUACAGUGCUCCCUGCAGUGCAGAAUCUAAACUUGGAAAUGCUUGAAAAUGGAAACUUAUGGACCUCAUCAAAUGAAAUUCUC